GGCAAUACUUAAAUGUGUGACAAAAAGCAAAAUGGUUGUUCUUUAUGGUGGAGGCAUAUAAUAUAAAGAAAUAUAAUUGAAAAAUACCAUAUAUACGGUUAUUGUGAAUAUUAGAAGAUAUAUGCAAUUUACAAUAAUAAUUGUUUGUGUUGGUAAAAAAAAGUUCACUAAUUUUACAUCAAAUGUCAUCAGGCGUGUCAGAUCAGAUGAAAGUUCCCGGAAAUACAGCGAAAAGUGUUGACGAUCGAAGUGUACCAUGGAGCCAACGUGAAGAAGAAUCAUCUGCAUAUGAAAAUCUUGCAUCCCCGACAAACGAAGAUAGCUCUUCAGUUUCCAAUCAGAGUUCUUCAAUGAAGUUUCAAUAUCCACCAUUCAAUGCAAAAGAGGCUCAACCUUCCCAGAAUAACUAUAAAUCUCGCAAAUCUUCGGCUCCCUCUUCAUCUUCUAACUACGAUUCAAACAAAAAAUAUAACAAACCAUCUUAUAACAAUAAAAGGGACGAUUAUCAACAAUCGGCUUGGGGCUCUUCUAACACUAGAAGAGUGUCCGGCGAUAUUUCAUUUGGAAACUAUCACAAGGGCAAUCGUUAUGACGAGAACAAACAAGACAAUUAUGGGAGCGAAAAGUUGGACAAUAAAAGUACUGCCGUUUAUUCCUCAGAAGAGAAGAAAAACUCCUCUUCGUUAUCGGCACCCAAAAAAACAACGUGGGCUUCGAUAGCCUCUCAACCAGCAAAAUUGACAUCGAGGACUACACUUGCAACUUCCAGUCAUAAAAAGAAAGGACCUGGUAUGCCUCCACCUCCUAUGGUUCCAGGUAAACAUAAUUUGGACGUGAAUAUUUGGGAUAUUCCAAACAAUAAUCCACCACCAGUGCCGUCACCACCACCCCCAAUUGACUUGGGCGCUAGUGACCUUAACUCCGAUUUUUCCCCCGGACUUGGUUCGGAUUUUGACAUCACUUCACGAUCUGAAAACAGUGGCCCACACAGAGCUGCCGAUAAUAAUAAGGAUGACAACAAGGGAAAUUAUAACAAUUUUGGUCGGUUGAGAAAUUCACCUAACGGGCAUUCGCGAAAAAAUUGGUCUACUCAGCACCCAAUGCAUCAUCACCAGAACACAAGGCAGUUAGGAAAUGCACGUCAUUCUGAUGGAAGGUUAGGAGGUAGUGGCAGCCAAGGAAGAGGAGGCAAUGACAAUUCCGGAAUGAGUAGUCCUGGUUACGGUCGAUAUGGAGAUCGAAGACAGCAACCUGGAUCAAUUCGCCGUGAUCACGAAAGCGGAUCUACAGAUUUCCUCGAAGACAACUCGCCAAAAACUGCUGACGCAAAUGACGGACCUGUUGAAUCACCACAGGCAGUAUUGGAAGAAUUACGGGACAAAAAUAACUACAAUCCAGUUGAGUUAGACUUAGAAAAUGCUACUUUUGCUAGAUUUUUCGUCAUCAAGUCGUACUCCGAAGAUGAUAUUCAUCGAAGCAUAAAGUAUGAAAUAUGGUGUUCAACAGAUCACGGCAAUAAGAGACUUGAUGAUGCCUUCAAAGAGCGCCAUAAGGAAAACGGAAAUAUCCUAUUGUUCUUCUCGGUAAAUGGUUCGGGCCACUUUUGUGGUAUGGCUCAAAUGAUGACUCCCGUCGAUUACAAUUCAACUUCUAGUGUAUGGUCUCAGGACAAGUGGAAGGGUAAAUUUAAAGUCAAGUGGAUUUAUGUAAAAGACGUGCCGAACAAUGCCUUGCGCCACAUAACAUUGGAAAAUAAUGAAAAUAAGCCUGUAACCAAUUCCCGUGACACCCAGGAAGUGCCCCAUGCCAAGGGAAUAGAAGUUUUACAAAUUCUCCAUUCCUAUCAACAUGUAACGUCUAUAUUCGAUGAUUUCUAUCAUUAUGAGAAGAAGCAAGAAGAAGAGGUGUCAUCAAAGAAACCGUUAGGCGGAUAUGAUGGUCCCCCAUCCAGACCUCAUUACAACUCACGCCAAAAUGAAGAUCGUGAAGGGCGUGGUGGAAGUAGUGGUUUACCACCAAAAUAUUAUGGUGGCUCUUCUUACCGUGAUAGAAAUAACUCUUAUCGUGGAGGAACUUAUAACUCAUAUAACGAUCAUCGUCGAUUCGAUAGUCAUCGAAGUGGAGAUCGUGGCGAUUUUAAAGAUGUUGAUGCUGACAGGGAGAACAAUGAAUAUAAUUCCAGUAGAAAUAUAUCAAAAUAUGAAUACAACAGAAGAGAUGAUCGAAUGUCGUCUAAACAUAACAGUAGAGAGUGGGAGAUUCCGGAAGAACAAUAUUUUAAACCCGAAUCAUCUCGAGUUCGCUCUGGACCAAGAGAAAUUCAAAAAGACAACGAAUAUUCGAACACUGAUCGUGUUCGUAGCAGUGACUACUGAUCAAGUGAAAGCCUAGAGAUUAUCUAGAAGAUAACGAUGACCCGUAAUUAAGUUUUAAUACGAUUAUUUAUGGCAUUAUUAAAUUGUGCGUAUAAAUCAUAAAUUAAAGAGCCGAUUUAUCUAAUGCAUUAAAAAUAUGCUGCAUUCUUCAAUUUCAACUAAACACCAACACGAUGAUAGAGAUGGCGAUUAAUAGGUGGAUAUGCAAUAACAUAUACCCUUUUAUUUAUUAAUAUAUGUAACACGCCGUUUUUUACUCGUAAUAAAAUUCAAUUACAGCUGUAAAAGCAUUCACAUAAUAAAAGGCAAAUAAAUUAUGUAAUAAUUAAUACAAAACUUAUCGAUACAUUAUUACAGAAGGAAUUAAAUCUUAUAAUAUUUUUACGUAAUUAUUUAUUAGUAUGUAAUUAUAUUUCAAUUGACAUUUGAUGUUUCGAUCAUUACCCAACAAUGAAGAUUUGCUAUAGAAGUUAUCAUUGUAGCUGCACUGUUAUAAAAGUUAGAAAAUCAUCAUAAGACAUACUAAACAGAUCGAAUAGAAUCAAUAGCAUGUAACAAAUUCAUCAAGUAUUUGUGUGUACACGUCUAAUUAUGUAUAUUAUUAUCAUGAAGUAAAUUUUCAUCUAAUAUAUCUAAACGAAAUAUAAAAUAAAUACAUAUAAAACCCA